AUGAUUUUUCGAGUGUUGCUUGUCAUUUGUCUGUCAUUAAUUAAGAAUCAAGGAGUUUCUGGACAGACUGUGACAUGUGAAUACACAACAAGUGACAUCUUUGUCUACAUAACAAGAUUUAAUUAUUAUCUGUGUGAAAUUGAGCUUGAAAAGUCGAAAGAAUAUGAAAGAAUUUUAGAAAUCGACGGCAACCACAAAGACAAUAGAACCAGCAAUGAUGUAAAGUUCCUGAAAAUCACGUCUGAAGAUUCAAAUCUGAAAGAAUUUUCCUCAAUUUUCUGUGAGACAUUUGAAAAGCUCGAAGGAUUAAAAAUUGAAAAUUUAGGAAUUUCUUCAAUUGACGACGAUUCUUUGCAGAAUUGUCAACACUUGAAGCUUUUGAGCUUGCGAAAAAAUGGAAUUCGAAAUUUUCCGGAAAACUUUCUCAGUGAAAAUUCAGAAUUAGCUGAUUUUGAGUUUAGUUUCAAUAAAAUCUCGACAAUUCCUGAAGAUGCAUUCGAAAUGCUGGAAAAUUUAUUAAAACUUAACCUAGAAAAUAAUAAAAUUGAUGAUCUGCCCGAUAAAGUCUUCACAGCUCUAUCCAAACUCGAGCAAUUGAAUCUAGACGAAAAUAGACUCGAAGAACUAAAUCCAAAUUGGUUCAAAAACAUGAAAAAUUUAAUAAAAUUGACAAUUAAUCACAAUCUUAUUCAGCAUCUUCCGGAAGACGUUUUUGGUAAUUUGCACAACAUCACAAUGUUGGAGAUGAAAAGGAACCAAUUGACUGAAAUUCAUGCAUCAUCAUUUGGCAACCGAGCUAGACUUCAGGCUCUAUUUUUACAAGACAAUCAUAUAAGAUCAAUUGAUCCGAAAUUCAUGCAGGAAUCAUCGAUCUCAUUACUUUAUAUGGGAGGAAACUUUUGUUAUUCUGGAACCAUGAAGAUGAGGAUGAGUCAAUGGAUACAAACAUUAAGAGAUGCUUUAAAAAUCAUAAACCUAGUAAGUUUGGACUGGGGUUUAACAACAACAAGCUCAACAACGACUUUGGCGACUACCACAACAUUUACAACAAGUUCAACUACUCCAGAAACAUCCCAAAAGACAACAACCACAAAAAUCCCACUUACAACGACAAAAGAGGCUAUUACAACUACAGAACGAACAACAAAGGCUUCUCCAACUACAAGAAGCACAACAGAAACUUCUACAGCUACAGAAAGCACAACAUCCACAAAAAUAACAACAUCUCAAAAACCUACAACUACAUUACCUACCUCAGAGGCAGCAACAAUUUCAAUUCCAGCAAUAUCUAGUGCUACAGAAUCUUCCAUUGUCUUUCCUACAACCAGAAAGUCUAAACCUUUUGUAGCUUUUAAACCCCCGUGCGGGAAAGUUCAAUAUGGAAUUCCAGCUCUGUCAAAAGGUGAAAAAUAUGUCCGCGGACAGUUUCCUUGGAAUGUAGCCAUCUUUCGAACGAAUGGGAAGUUCAUAUGCAGCGGAGUUCUGGUUGACAAUAGAAAAGUUGUGACAGCUGCUCAAUGCAUGAUCAAAUUUGUCCGAGACAAGCCAACUGAAAUGCUUCCACGCGACAUAAUUGUCGUCCUUGGAAGUCACAACAUUUAUCAACUGUUUGAAGCUCAAAAGACCAACAUUGCUGUCCAAACUAUUCACAUCCAUAAUGAUUAUAAGUUUGAGUCCACAGAUAAUAAUGCUGAUAUUGCUGUAAUCAUCCUUGAUUCACCUGUAAAUUCCUCAAAGUUUAUAAAACCAAUUUGUCUAAUUGAUUCUGAGCAUAAUUCAUUGACUGUGACUAGUGGCAUUUUAGCAACUUAUGGACAUAAUAACACUAUGAAACUUAACCCUAACUUUACACCAAGAAAGCUAGAAAUUCAAAUUCAAGACUUUUUCGAAUGCAUCAUCAACAAUGAAGCUUUCGCACGCAUCUCAAGUAAUCUAACAUUCUGUGCUAAAUCAGACGACGGCACUGGAGUUUGUGUCGAAGAUUAUGGAAGUGGAUUGUAUGUGAAGCAUGAAGGCAGCUAUUAUCUUCGUGGAAUCUUAUCAACUGUAAUGUCUGACAUCACAAGUCAAUGUAACGCUGGCUCUGAUUCUCUGUACACUGAUGCUGCUGCAUACUCUAAAUGGAUAGAGGAAGUGCCAUUGUAUGCUUAUGAAGAUGAUAUUGAUGAACGAUUUGGGUGAGAAAUGUUUGAUCAAUUGCUGGAGUUUAUGUUUGAAAUUAUAUAUAUUUUUUUAAAUAAAGCUAUUAAAGGCAUUGAAUCUGAUAAAACUGAA